AUGAAUGAUCAAGGUAAGCCUCGUCUGGUCAAAUUCUACGAUUAUCAAGUUAGUGUAUUACAUCUUCAUUUUGGUAGCAAUGAGAUCCAAAAUGUUGAUUUGGAUGUAGAGGUUGAUAUUAUACUCCCAUUAUUGCAGGAUGCUAUGCUUGUCUGCAAGACCUUUGCAACACUGCUUACUGUUUUACAGGUGCAUGCUAUUAUAGAUGAAAUUGUGUUGGGAGGUCAAGUUUUGGAGACAGAUUCUUCCUAUGUAUAUGUAGUGAAGGUUGUACAAGAAAUAACUAGGUUGGAGAAGGCUGCAAAUUCAAUAUCACUAGUUCCAAAAUCAAUAAUGCCUGGCAGGGAAGAUAGUUCAUCCAAUUCUACCAUCUUUGAUCAUAAUCUUUUACUAGAAUUUCUUGUUCUUCUGGAAUGA